AUGUCUUCUGUCCGCUCUUCCGAUAAAUCAGUGCCUUACUUCCCUCUCGCAGGCCAAGCAAAGGAUGGGUACUCCAACGCUGAGGAAGCAACAGCGACAUGUUAUUGCGGCACUGUCCAACUCGCUUUCCCAGUCGAAGGACCCGGCUUGGUAUCGACGUUUGUGUGUAAUUGCACCGACUGUCGAAAGAUUACCGCGAGUAUGUUUGCUUCUAACUUUACUGUCAAGGAUAGUCAUCUUCGUCACCUCCGCGGCCAGGAGAACCUCUCCGUUUACAGUCAAGUUGCAACGAUAGCUUCAGGCCACUCAAUGGCGAAUCACUUUUGCAAAACCUGCGGUACGCUCAUGUACCGAGUCGGCGGCGGCUUUCCAGGCUGUUCCAUCUUGCGCUUGGGUACGGUGGAUGAUUUCAAUCUAGUAGAGACCAAGUUGAAACCACAGAGUGAGCUGUUCAUCAAGGAUCGUGUGGGUUGGUUCAGUGGCGUGCAGGGGGAUGAAGUAAAGAGGUUGCAGGCUAUGUCGUGA